AUGAAGUCAUUCUUUGUCGCCUUGGCUGUCCUAGCCACCGCUGGCUUAGCUUCAGCCGCGGACUGUGCCCAAACAUGUGUCUCCAACAUGAAGAACAAGGCUUCUGAACUGGGUUGCAGCUCUGGAGAUCUGGCAUGUCUGUGUAAGAGCCAGGAUUAUGCGUGGGGUAUCCGUGACUGCACUACUGAGGCCUGUUCUGGUUCCAACGCAACCCAGGUUGUCGCCGAAGCCCUUGACAGCUGUUCUUCCGCCCUAGCAUCCAGUUCCAGUUCCGCAUCCAGCGCCGCAUCCAGUUCCAGCACCGUGACCAUCACAACCUCUUCUUCCGGGAGCAAGGUAACUGAAACAAGCACCGUCCCAGUUUCUGGUGCUGGAUCUAUAACUACAACUAUCACCACGUCGGUCUCGGGUACCCGCACUACUGAGACGAGCACUCUUCCGAAAUCCAGCCAAUCCGUUACCCGCACCACCGAUACCUUGACUACUAGUGUCUCUGGGACCCUCACUACCGAGACCAGCACCGGCACUGUCACUCCAUCUAUCACCAGUACCACGGAGACAUUCACUACCAGUGUAUCGGGCACAUUGACUACCGAGACUAGUACCGGUACUGUUAGUGGGUCAAGUACUAGCUCCGCUGGAGCUCAUCCUAUGGCUACCGUGGGAAGUGGAGCAUUCGGAGUUCUUGGAUUGGCCGCGAUGAUUAUUCUGUGA